AUGGCCACGGCGCUGUGUGUGCUGGUCUGUCUUCUCAUUGGCGUGCAGAGGUUGGGAGGCGUGAAGACUCUUCAUAAACUGAGCGUGCAGCGCGGAGGGUCGGCCGUCGUGCCCUGCCACUACGAUGAGAAGUACGUCUCGCAGGUGAAGUACUGGUGCCGCGGCUACACCUGGGACACCUGCCGUGUUCUGCUGCGUUCCAGCAGUGUUCCGAGCCCACCGGACACCCGGGUGUCCAUUAGUGAUGACAUCACCCAGAGGGUGUUCACUGUGACCAUGAGGAACCUGCAGGACACAGAUUCGGACGUCUACUGGUGUGCUGUGGACAUCACAGGGCCCGAUGAUAAAGCUUAUCUGAAAAUUACCGUCACACCAGGCCCACCAGAGUUGUACUCAGAGAGCAGUGUGUUCUCGGGGCCUGUGGGCGGUGUGGUCCUGGUGCGGUGUUUCUACGGCGACCGUCUGCGGAGCGGAGAGAAGAAGUGGUGCCGGAGCGGCACGAGUGUAUGUCUGACCGCCGGCCGCACCUCCAGGCUGUACAAGUACGCGCUGGACACAGACCCUCGGACCGGAGCGCUGAGCGUGACCAUCCGGGACCUGAGGCCCGCGGACCAGGGCUGGUACUGGUGCACAGGAGGGGACACACAGCUGCCCGUGUACGUGGCCGUGUCCACCAAGACAAACACACCCACCGUCACACAACGAGAGAAAACAUCUACAACUCAUACCACCACAGCAGUGCAAACAGCGAGAGCAACAUUAGCAAGUGAAGCUCCAGCACCGCUGCAGACCAGUGUAGAGGCGACCCCCCACGCCACCCAGACGAGGAUACGGUAGCAGAGCUCCACUCAGGGGCGACCCCCCCACGCCACUCAGGGGUGACCCCCCCACGCCACUCAGGGGUGACCCCCCCACGCCACUCAGCCGAGGAUACAGCCGCAGGGGAAGAGCACCACGCAGAGCUCAGCAUUGUGAAGAUCCCCUCACUGGAAAUACUUCUGAAAAUUCCUCUUGCAGUGGUUUACCUGGUUUGUCUGGUAGUGGCGAUAAAAAAACAUUGUGAAGUUAACAGAUGAGAGUACGCCGGAAAAUGGAGGUGGAGAAGCAGAAAUGGGAAACUUGCGCUCGAGAACCGCCGUUCUAACGGAACAAGACCACACACGAGCCCCUCAGUUCUAACGGAACAAGACCACACACGAGCCCCUCAGUUCUAACGGAACAAGACCGCACACCAGCCCCGCAGUUCUAACGGAACAAGACCGCACACUAUAGCUCCUCGGCGCUAACGGAACAAGACCGCACACCAGCCCCUCAGUUCUAACGGAACAAGACCGCACACCAGCCCCUCGGUGCUAACGGAACAAGACCGCACACCAGCCCCGCAGUUCUAACGGAACAAGACCGCACACCAGCCCUGCAGUUCUAACGGAACAAGACCGCACACUAUAGUUCCUCGGUGCUAACGGAAGUGGACCACAGAAUCAGUCACCAACGGGCCACUUCUGAGGACUGAACCGUAAAGAAAAAGCGGAAGUGUAAGAGCAUGGGCGCUGUGGGGCUAAAUUUGGGCCCGAUGAUGACAGAUCAUUCUGGGCCUCCUGCCAGUGCUAGGCCCUUAGAAUCGUCCUAACUACCCCCCCCCCCCCCCAGCGGCGCCCCAGCAUAACACGUGAAAUAAACGCCUCUCAAGCAACACAGGAUGCUCACAGGAAGCUGAACUUGAUCUCUGAACACACAUGACUUUCAAGUCACACAAUAGAACUUCCCACAAAGUGUCUUUAUGUUUGCGUAUGUUUGUUUUCGUUCAUAUAACUUUAUUUGAAGCUAUUCUUUUUAACCAAUGUAUUUUGGAUACAAUUAAUUUUUAUCUUAGUCUAACCGGUAGUUUUUUGUAGUCUCACACAGAGACAAAUGACACUUUGUCUCCCCUACUGGGGGCGUAGGAAACCAGUCAUAUACUGUAUGUCCACCCACAAUGUUCACACACAUUAAAACCCACUAAGGUUUGU